AUGGGUUGCCACAGCAGCAAAGAGAAUGCUCCGAAACCCGGUUCAAAGGGGUUCGGGUCAUCCCAGCCUUACCAGCAGCCGCAGACGGCUGCUCAGCCUCAGAAAGUCUCAUCCCAACAACCCAAUAACCCACCACCACCUCCGCGACCACAGCCCCAGCAGAGGGCACAGCCAGCGCCCCAACCAAAGGCACAGCACCAGCAGCCAAGCCCUCCUCCAGUAAAACCGGCGCCGUCUCCGAAUAGCAUUCUGGGGAAGCCCUUUAACGACAUUAAGCAGUACUACACACUCGGCAAAGAACUGGGCAGGGGCCAAUUCGGUAUCACAUACUUGUGCACUGAGAACUCCACCGGCCACUGCUACGCCUGCAAGUCGAUCCUGAAACGCAAACUUGUGAGCAAAAACGACAGGGACGACAUCAAGAGAGAGAUUCAGAUUAUGCAGCAUUUGUCUGGGCAGCCAAACAUUGUGGAGAUCAAGGGGUCUUAUGAGGACAAGUACUCUGUGCAUUUGGUGAUGGAGCUCUGCGCCGGAGGGGAGCUUUUCGAUCGAAUUAUAGCGCAGGGACAGUAUUCGGAGAGGGCUGCCGCUGCGAUUCUGCGUGACAUUGCGAAUGUUGUGCACAUUUGUCACUUCAUGGGCGUGCUGCACCGUGAUCUCAAGCCGGAGAAUUUCUUGCUGUCUAGCAAGGAUGAGAAGGCAAUGCUGAAGGCAACGGAUUUCGGGUUGUCUGUUUUCAUUGAGGAAGGUGAGAAAGUAUACCGUGAUAUAGUCGGCAGUGCUUACUAUGUUGCCCCUGAAGUCUUGCGGCGUAGUUAUGGAAAGGAAAUAGACAUUUGGAGUGCAGGAGUCAUUCUGUAUAUUCUACUCAGUGGUGUACCUCCAUUUUGGGCUGAAACUGAGAGGGGUAUAUUCGAUACCAUAUUGGAAGGAGUAAUAGACUUUGAUAGUCAACCGUGGCCAUCAAUAUCAGACAGUGCUAGAGAUUUAGUUAGAAAGAUGCUGACACAGGACCCAAGAAAGAGAAUUACUUCUGCAGAAGUUCUCGAGCACCCGUGGCUCAGAGUAGGCGGAGUAGCAUCAGACAAGCCAAUAGAUAGUGCAGUUCUCUCUAGAAUGAAGCAGUUCAGGGCAAUGAAUAAGCUCAAGCAACUUGCUUUGAAGGUCAUAGCAGAGAAUCUAUCUGAAGAAGAAAUUAAAGGCCUUAAAACAAUGUUCACCAAUAUGGACACUGACAAAAGUGGUACAAUAACUUACGAAGAACUGAAGACAGGUUUAGCGCGUAUUGGGUCGCGGCUCUCAGAAGCCGAAGUUAGGCAACUCAUGGAUGCUGCUGAUGUCGAUGGAAAUGGAUCAAUUGAUUACAUUGAAUUUAUAUCUGCUACUAUGCAUAGACAAAGAUUAGAAAGAGAUGAGCACCUGUACAAAGCAUUUCAGUACUUUGACAAGGAUAGCAGCGGGUACAUUACAAGAGAUGAAUUAGAGGCUGCUAUGAAGGAGCAUGGAAUGGGUGAUGACAACACCAUCAGAGAGAUAAUUUCUGAGGUUGAUGCCGAUAAUGAUGGGAGGAUCAACUAUUCGGAAUUCUGUGCAAUGAUGAGAAGUGGGGCUCAACAACCAGCAAAGCUCUUUUAAUUUCACUAACGGCCAUUUCAGAUUUUACAAGCGGAAGUGAGUUUAACCGUUGGGUCGUAUCAGAGCAUUGUUUCCAGGAGGUAUGAAGUAAACUAGACCAAUCUUGAUCCAAAAAUGGGCAGUUUGAGCAUGUGAAGCUAGAGUUUGGUGUUUUGAUAAAUCAGGUUGUGUUUCUGUACAUCUAUUUACUGCUUAUCUUUUUUCUUUUUCUUUUUUUUUUGAAGUUCCUGUUCAAUCUUGUUAUGAAUAAUUCCUGAAUAUACUACGAUUUUAAUUAAUUUAAACUGAUCUUGCUACGAUCAGUCACCCACA